AAUAACCAUGGCUGCAAAACUAAUGAGAAAAUGGCUGGUUUUAGUUUGCUUGCUAGUUGUUCCAGCAUUUUCUUUUCCAUUAAAAAGGUGGAAUUCUUUAAAUGUGAUCAAAGAAAUUAACCGCAAAGGGCCUUAUCUGGGUCUGGUUACUGUGUAUCCACCUGAAGAGAAAGCAUUUUUCGCUACUGGGACUUUUAAGCCUCACAGGACUCACCCUUUUGUGGAUUUGUCAGGCCGGCGAUUUCGGGUGGGAAAGAUCCAUGAGAAGAAAGUCAUCUUCGUGAGAUGUGGAAUUGGAAUGGUAAAUGCUGCUGCAGCAACUCAACAGAUGCUGGAUCUAUUUGACAUACAAGGCAUUGUCCAUUUCGGCAUUGCUGGGAAUGUAAAUGAUUCUCUGUCCAUUGGAGAUGUUUCCAUUCCCAAACAAUUUGCUCACACCGGCAUUUGGGACUGGCAGAACCCCAACGGAACAUUGGACCCUAAUGGCAUUGCUCACUUGGAUGUUGCAAGCUACAACGUACCAAAAGAUGAAGGAACUAAUUUGUUGGGACGUAUUGUAUAUGGCUCCGAGCAAUUCUUCUCCGAGUUGGGGAAGCCCAACACAGCUCGGCUGCUGGUUUGGGCACAAACGACUAAGCAUUGGCUUCAUCUUGCUGACAACUUGAAGAUUGAACUGGAACGGUGUGUUAAUUCGAGCGUGUGCCUCCCAAGAAAGCCGAAGCUAGUAGUCGGACUGAGGGGCUCAACGGCCAACAUCUUUGUGGAUAAUGCAGCUUACAGGGAUUUUCUGGUUCAGACCUUUCUGGUGUCAUCAGUAGAUAUGGAGAGCGCAGCUGUAGUUAUGACAAGCUUGUCAAAUGGCUUCCCAGUGAUAGUCAUCAGAGGGCUAUCGGAUUUAGCAGGAGGACAAUCAGGACAGAAUGCAAUUCGGAUAUUUGGACCCCUUGCAGCACUGAAUACUGCCAAAGUCGUUGUUCAAUUUAUCAAGGCAUUACCCUAACACACUUCUUGAAGAAUUGGAUCUACUUCACGGUCAAGAUUUAAGUUGGUGCAUUUAAAGGCAUACAAUAAUUCUUUUUCAUUUUAAUUUUUAAAAGACGGGUCAAUAAUGACAUUCUGUAAACCGUUACAUACACCAAUUUUUAAUCAUAAUUAUGAAAUGGUUAGUAUC